AUGCAUGAAGGCAGACGCAGUUUAAGUGUGGCAGUUCUGCGAGGUGCAGUGUACGCCAUGGGCGGUUUCUAUGGUGGUCUGCAUCUCAGUACGGCGGAAAGAUACGACUGCGAGACGGACCAGUGGUCUUUGAUCGCUCCCAUGAACACAGGGCGAGAAGAUGCAAGUGCGGCUGUACUGAAUAACAAAAUAUACGUCGCUGGUGGACGUCAUGAUAAGAAUUUUCUAAACUCGGUGGAAGUUUACGACACGGACAUCGACCAAUGGACGUUCGUUGCACCAAUGCUUUCUGGACGUGGGCGUUUUUCUUGUGUCGAGUUCCUGGGCUGUCUGUACGCCGUAGGAGGACACAACAAGACAUCAGACGACCUCAGCACCGAAAAGUAUGACCUCGCCGAAGACAAGUGGACCGAGAUCCCUGGCAUGGUCGUCCAAUCGUCUUGCAUCAAAGUAGAAGUAAUCGACGAUAAAAUCUUUGUCAUCGGUGGAAGUUAUAACCAGGGCUCCGCAUGUGUCGAUGACAAGGAAAUUCGAUGGUACCAGGCGCCAGAGAUGAAAUUUGAUAGAUACUGUCCGUCGACUUGUGUCAUCAAGAACCUCCCGAAUGCAAGCGACUACACCUACAAACUCAGAGACAAAUUAAUGAAGAAGAAACGCAAAAGAAGGAGGAGAAAA